AUGCCGGGACUAGAGAGUAAUAGCAACAAAAGCAGCAGCAUUUGGCGACGCAAAACUCCGGCUGAAGGACGUAAGGACAGUGAUGCUGAACACAAGAAGAAGAAGCCGCGUUGUGGAGGUCGUCGUAACAAUGGCACCAAGAAUGCUGACACGACCGAAGAUCAGCUAAAGAAGGCUGUUGUGAAGCAGGAGAUUCACGCUGAUACGGACGUUGACGCUCUUGCGGAGACUAUGAAGCCCACGAAUCUAGACUAUUUGUCGGAUGUCCUGUUCGCGUCAUUGGACAUCUCUGCCCAGACAAAGCGCGCUAUUGUCGAAGACUUCAAGUACGAACGUCUCACGAACGUGCAGAACGAGACGUUUCCACUCAUUGUGGCAGGAAAAGACGUGCUCGCGAAGGCCAAGACGGGCAACGGGAAGACCAUUGCCUUCUUGCUGCCAGUGAUCGAGAAUAUGGUGAAGAGCGGACGUCACUCUGGCGCCAUCCCAACGCUUGCGGUGUCACCGACACGUGAACUGGCGCUGCAGAUUGCAACAGAAGCGAAACGUCUCACCAAGUUUCACGACUUUAAUGUUGCCUGCUUCGUGGGUGGCGCAAAUAUUAAGAAGGAUGAACGUACUCUUACGAGCAGCACCCCGCUCGACAUCCUAGUUGCCACUCCUGGUCGUCUGGCUGACCACUUGAAGCAGAAUACGGGCAAAAUCGCUGAUCGAUUAGGCAAGGCCAGUGUCUUGAUUCUAGACGAAGCCGACCGACUGCUGGACAUGGGUUUUCGGCGGGAGAUCAUCCGUAUCAUCGGAUACCUGCCGAAAAAGCGUCAGACGCUGCUGUUCAGUGCUACACUACCAGCCUCUACGAAGGAGUUGAAGCAGGUCGCUUUGCGUGAAGACUACUCAUUUGUGGAUACUAUUGAUGCGAAGGAAGCAGACACGAAUGUGCAGACCGAGCAGGAGUACAUUGUAUGCAAGAUGGAGGAUGUGAUUUUGACGGUGGAGUGCAUUCUGUCCGAGCACAUGAAGCUGCCUGCGUAUAAGGUGAUGCUGUUCUUUCCCACGGCCCGUUCCGCGCAGUUUAUGGCGCAGCUCUUUCAGGCUGCAGGUUUCCCUGGUGUCCUCGAGAUCCAUUCUCGUAAAAGCCAAGCAGUGCGCACAAAGACGGCCGAGGCUUUCCGUAAGGGCCAUAAGGUGAUGAUGUUUUCGUCUGACGUGUCAGCGCGUGGUGUGGACUACCCGGACGUGUCGCUUGUGCUCCAGGUGGGUCUCACUGAUCGCGACCAGUAUAUCCACCGUCUUGGACGUACAGCACGUGCUGGUAUGAAGGGCAAGGGUGUUCUUGUUUUGUCCGAGUUCGAGACGUCUUUGCUGGACCAGUUGUCUGACCUGCCUCUCAAGCAGAGAUCACCUGUGAUGCUGACGCCGUCACAGUCGCGCACGCUAAAGGUCACGAAGAACCUGAAAAAUUACGGUGACGUGGAAAAGUCGGCGCAGCAGUCGUACCAGGCGUGGCUUGGUUUUUACAAUUCGCAUGCGAAGCGUCUGAAAUUGAAGUCCGUUGAACUUGUGAGUCUUGCGGCCGAUUACAGCCGCAUUGUCGGCUUGGACGAGGUGCCGAAGCUUGAGAAGAGAACUCUCAAGAAGAUGAACCUCUUUGGCGUACCUGGCAUUGAGCCGUCACCAUAA